AGGCCUUGCCCCUCUAUUCUCUGCACAGGAAGUGGGCUGGCCCUGGGCUUUUAUAGCUGCAGCCUUCUCCUGGGCCAGAGCUGAGCAGGGCCCUGGGGAGAUGGCCUCGGUCCCAGCAGCGGGGAGGACUGGAGAGCACGCGCUGCCACCGCCCCAUGUCUCAGCCAGGCCUUCCUUCCUCGGCUCCACCCUGUGGAUGUAAUGGCCGCCCCUGCUCUGUCCUGGUGUCUGCCCCUCCUCGCCCUCCUCCUGUCCCUGGCGACCCCUUGGGCAUCCGCAGCGGUGAAUGGCACCUCCCAGCUCACAUGCUUCUACAACUCGAGAGCCAACAUCUCCUGUGUCUGGAGCCAAGCCGAGGCUCUGCAGGACACCCCCUGCCAAGUCCAGGCCAGGCCGGACAAACGGCCGUGGAACCAAACCUGUGAGCUGCUCCCUGUGAGCCAGGCAUCCCGGGCCUGCAGCCUCAUCCUUGGACCCCCCGAUUCUCAGAAAUUGACCUCAGCGGACAUUGUCAACCUGAAGGUGAUGUGCCGUGAAGGGGCGCGAUGGAGGAUGAUGACCACUCAGGACUUCGAACCCUUUGAGAACUUUCGCCUGAUGGCCCCCAUCUCCCUCCGAGUCGUCUACAUGGGGACCCACGAUUGCAACAUAAGCUGGGAAAUCUCCCAAGCCUCCCACUACUUCGAAAGAAAACUGGAGUCAGAGGCCCGGAUGCUGUCCCCAGGCCGCACCUGGGAGGAGGCCUCCCUGCUGACCCUCAAGCAACAGCAGGAAUGGAUCGUCCUGGAGAUGCUCACCCCAGACACCCACUAUGAGCUUCAGGUGCGAGUCAGGCCUCUACGAGGCAAGUACACGACUUGGAGCCCCUGGAGCCAGCCCGUGACCUUCCGGACGAGGCCUGCAGCCCCUGGGAAGGACACCCUCCCUUGGCCCGGCCACCUCCUUGUGGGCGUCAGCGGGGCCUGUGGCUUCAUCCUCUUGGUCUACUUGCUGGUCAACUGCAGGAACACCAGACCAUGGCUGAAGAAGGUCCUGAAAUGUCACAUCCCAGACCCCUCGAAGUUCUUUUCCCAGCUGAGCUCAGAGCAUGGAGGAGAUCUCCAGAAGUGGCUUUCCUCGCCCUUCCCCUCAUCGUCCUUCAGCCCUGGCAGCCUGACGCCUGAGAUCUCGCCGCUGGAAGUGCUGGAGAGCGACAAGGUGACGCAGCUGCUCCUGCAGCAGGCCAAGGCGCCCGAGCCCGCACCCUCAGGCAGCAAGCGCUCGCUGACCAGCUGCUUCACCAACCAGGGCUACUUCUUCUUCCGCCUCCCGGACGCCCUGGAGAUCGAGGCCUGCCAGGUGUACUUCACUUACGACCCCUGCACGGAGGAGGAGCCUGAUGAGGGUGGGGCCGGGGCGCCCACAGGGUCGUCCUCCCAUCCGCUGUGGCCUCUGUCAGGGGAGGACGAUGCCUACUGCACCUUCCCCCCGGGGGAUGACCUGCUGCUCUUCUCCCCCAGUCUCCUCAGUGGCCCCAGCCCCCCAAACACUGCCCUUGGGAGCAGCGGGGCCAGUGAAGAAAGGCUGCCCCCUUCCUUGCAGGAGAGAGUCCCCAGAGAUUGGGACCCCCAGCCCCUGAGGCCUCCCACCCCAGGAGUCCCAGACCUGGUGGAUUUUCGGCCACCCGCAGAGCUGGUGCUGCGAGAGGCAGGGGAGGAGGUCCCUGACCCUGGCCACAGAGAGAGGGCUGAUUUCCCCUGGGCCAGUCCUCCUGGGCAGAGCCAGGUCAGGGUCCUUAACUGUCGCCUGCCUCUGAACACCGAUGCCUACUUGUCCCUCCAAGAACUCCAAGAUCAGGACCCAGGUCACUUGGUGUAGACAGAUGGCCAGGGUGGGAGGCAGGCAGCUGCCUUCUCUGUGCCGGGCCUGAGCGGGGGCCUGUUGAGGGCUCUGUGCCCAAGCCUAGUCCACUGCUGAGGACACUCAGUGUCCAGGUGCCUCUGGACGCCUCCACCCAGCUGGCCCCACCGCUGCACACUUGGCUCAUCCAUUUCCAAACCUCCAUGGCUGCUCCCUGGUCCCGCUGCCCCAGCUGGGAACUGUGUGUGUUGCUGGGGGAGGUAACUCCUCAAUUCCCUCUUCAAUCACCCAGUCCCACGAGUUUAGUCUCUGAAGCAUCGCCCCUCUCUAGCCCUGCGGCUAUUCCCCAUCAGUCCCCAAAGCUCUCCAGGGCUCCUUGCCCACCUCUUCCCUGGGUUUUCCACCCCAGCCUCCUCCCUUCCCUCCCCCUCCAUAGAGCAGCCUGAGCAUGCUUUCCAAAACCCAAAUAUGGCUAUGCUCCUCCCUGGUUCAAAAAUCUUGCAUGGCUCCCGCUGCCAUCAGCCCCGCUCCUCAGCCUGGCACCUGCACCUCCGCAUCAUGUGAGGACAGUCCCUUCAGCAACCCUCCCUACAGUUCUGAGCUGCUCAGAGCUCCCGCACACCCCCUCUGUCACACCUGCUAUUCCCUGAGCCUGCUGUGCCCUCCCCCUCACCUAGGUGACAAACUCCCCUGGAGGGAAACACUGCCUCCCUUAAUCUGCCAGAAAUUUCUAACGUCAGUGCUGCAGGGCGAAGCUGGCGGGGACCCAGGGCGACUGGAGAAAGAGGCCCUGUCACUUGGGAUCUCUGAGACCUCAGAGUACCUGGCUGCUGCCUCCUUCAUGCUGGGCCCCAAGUAUGGGCACAGGUCCCCCCACAAGGUAGAUGCCUGCUGCGUCUUCCCACAGUGGCUUCACAGACCCACAGGAGAAGCUGCUGGAGAAUAAACCCUGGGGUCCGAGGCCCAGGCAGCAGCCCCUCCUAGUGCUGGGCCUUGAUGCUGCCAGUCCUGGGACCUCCCAGUCCCCCCGCCACUGGAGGGGUCUUCUCUGCAGCUCUGCAGGGGUUGGCACACUGGUCUCAAAAGGGCAGCUCCACAGGACAGGGUCUCGUUAUCUUUUCACUGUCCUGGACACAGUGCCCAGCACCCCAUCGUAUACCUUGGAUGGACACAUGAAUUACCUGGCGCCACCUCAUCUGGGCUCCCUGCGCCUGACAUUCACACAGACAGGCAAAGUCCCAUGCCCAUGAGGUCCGGCAUGCCUCCUUCUGCAAGGGACGCAUCCGCACACCUCACAGUCUUCCCCCUCUCA